AUGUUGUGCGGCGAACUCCUGAACGGUGGCUUCGUCAGUGCCGGAGCGGUACCGGUGGUUCCGUAUAGCCUCCCAGGACUCUGGUUACCCGGUUGCCUGCGUGCUACCAGCCCGCGCCUAUUGACCUCCCCUUACCUGACCCUGCUGGCCGAGCUCCUGGCCACGGGCCGCCUCGGCUUGCGAGACGAUCUCCUGGAGCUGAUGGACUUGGCAAAGAGGAGCCAUCAGGCUCCCGGCGGCAACGGAGCGCCCGAGCUCGACCUUGAUCUCCACGCCGACGACAUCGACGAGAUCUUCUUGGAAAACGGCCUUCUCUCCUUCGAAAAUCCCAACUACCAUCUAGAUCCAGCUCGUCUAGACGACGCUUUGAACAGCAAUGGAAACGGUAGUUCUCUGUACGAUGAAUUGUAUCAGGAAUUGGUCGGCAGCGGCGGCAGAAGCGGCGAGGUGACCGGUGGCGGCGGCGGCGGCGGGGGUGGUGGAACGAGGGUGCAAGCACGCAGAACCUACGCCACAUUGGAUCUGGGCAGCAUGGGGGUGGACGUCACCCAGGGCCCCCUGACGCAGGAUUCCGUGACGGACGACGCUCCCGACAACACGGACAACCAUAACCUAGGGUACGGCUGCGAGGGUGUGGCGGAGUCCGCUCUCGUCGACGACACCCUCAACGGGAAUCCCCGCACGUCGUCCACGUCGUCGUCGAGCGCGAUCCUGCCUCAGUCUCACGCCCUUCAGUCGGAAUCCGCGGGAUCGAUCGACGCUGCGGACACUUCCGGGUCGAGAAAUUACUGCGAGAAGCCCGACAACGAGACCGCCGAAAUGGGCGGCGUGCCGCACGUGGAGGGUGGCCUCAACAGCGAGCUGUACGCGGUGCCGGUGAAACGGCGGCAGCCGAAGGACCAGAAGAACAAUGCGAUUCUGCAGAACAAUACCCAGGAGAAACCGGCGGACGUGGACAGCGCCGAUUCCGAGGAUAAGGACGAGAAUCUGCCGCCCGGCUGGCAGAAGCACGAAGACGAGAAUGGACCUUAUUAUUGGCAUGUGAAAAGCGGAAAUAUCCAGAGAGAACCACCGGAGGCUCCUCUGCAUUCGAAAACCGAGGCCCGCCGAAGCCUCGUUAAGGAUAAUGAUAGCAUAAACAAUUUUCACACUUUAAGCGGUAUGGUGAACACAGUGACUCGCAGCAACACGAGCUCGGCCCUGGACCAGGAAUUGGAAAACAAGAGGAAGGUGGAAUUAGCGCUCAAACGAAGAAGCUAUCCUGCCAGAGCGGACUCCGAGGGUAGGGACAAGCCGAUCAGAUUCGCCGUGCGAUCCUUGGGCUGGACGGAGAUCGCGGAGGAGGAUCUGACACCCGAGAGAAGCAGCAAGGCUGUCAACAAGUGCAUCGUGGAUCUCUCACUUGGUAGAAACGAUCUUCUGGACGUCGUCGGACGGUGGGGCGAUGGCAAGGAUCUAUUUAUGGACUUGGACGAGGGCGCGCUGAAGCUAAUCGAUCCGGAGAAUCUCACCGUACUUAACACACAGCCUAUUCAUACAGUCAGAGUGUGGGGCGUAGGAAGAGACCACUGUCGCGAAAGGGACUUUGCUUACGUAGCAAGAGACCGAUCGACCAGGAAACACAUGUGCCAUGUGUUUCGUUGCGACAUACCGGCGCGCACGAUCGCAAACACGCUCCGCGACAUUUGCAAGAAGAUAAUGAUCGAGCGUUCCCAGCAUCAGAAUCUCGCGAAACCGGUGGACAUCAACGGCCGGACGAGUCUCGCUACGAGACCCACGAAUCUGCCCACUGAACAUCGGCGCUUCCACAGAAACGGUCAGGCACUAGUCACACAAUCUUUCCCAACACCGAUGGAAGAACCGAAGAAGGUGUUGCGAGCGCAGUAUCUCGGAUCCAUGCAAGUCAAUCAGGCGACCGGCAUGGAAGUGCUGAACGAGGCGAUAGAACAUAUCGUGACGAACACGCCGAUCAAUCAGUGGCGAAACGUCAACGUCGCCGUAGCUCCUAGCAUGAUUUCCAUUCUUACGCCGAAUGACGACAAGCUCAUCACCGAAUGUCGAGUACGCUAUCUGUCGUUCCUCGGUAUCGGCCACAACGUGAAGCAAUGCGCUUUCAUUAUGCACACCGCACAGGACUUGUUCAUCGCACACGUCUUCAAUUGUGAGCCCAGCAGCGGAGCCCUCUGUAAGACGAUCGAAGCCGCUUGCAAGCUGAGGUACCAGAAAUGCUUGGACGCACAUCCACAGGGCUUCAGAAACGCCAGCAGUCUCAACACUCCGAGCGGCAGGGGCUUAGGCGCGACUCUGAAGUCUUUAGUUGGAUCUUUGACUGGUCGCAGGAACAAGCAGGGCGAGUCCUGA